AUGGAAAUAGAAGAAGAAGAAAAAAUUUAAAAAAAUGAAACUUAAAUUGCUAUAAAAAGAUAAAAAUAUCCUAAAUCCGAAAGCGAUAAAAUAGUAAAGGCAAAUAUGAAUAGAUAUAAAAAGAAAAAGUAAGUUUAAGUUUUGGUGCAUCCAAAUAUACCUUGCAGUGUGAUGAAUUUGAACCAAGAACCAAUUUAUAUUUAUUUUUUAUUUAAAAUCUUUAAGAGUUAUGAUAAUGAAGAUUAUAAUAAGCAUAGAUACUUUGGAUACGCAGAUGCAGGAGUAGGAAGAAUAGAUUAGAUUUAUUUAGAUAAGGUAAAUGAAACCAUUGAUUUAAAUUUACAAAUCUACUCUCAAGGAUACGAGGAUUAUAAGUAUCUAAUAUAGAUUUUUAAAAAUAAAUAAGAUAUCUUGUAUUAUAAUUUGGCUAAUUUAUUAGAAUAAUAUUAGCAGUGGACUAACUAGCAUUUAUCCUAUAUUUUAAAUGCCUUUUCUGAUAAAAAUAUUUUUAAUUAAUCAUUCUAAGAAAAAAUUGAUUAGGCAUAACCAGAGUUUGAGUCAGUAGUUAAAAAAUGGGCUUAAGAAAAAUUUCCUAAUGAAUUAUUUGAAAUAGAGUUAGGCACUGUCAAUAUAAACCAAGCAAAACCUAUUCUUUUAAAAAAAAUAUUUUCCUAAGGCUUAAUGAUGCUUUUAGGAGGUGAAGUUUAUGAUAUAUAUUAAAAGCUAAUUGAAUAUAAUUUAAAAGAGAGCUUAAGUAGCUUUUUGAAUGGUGGAGAAUAUAAUGGGAGAUUGCAGUUAGAAAAAAUAAUAAUUUUAAUAAAAAGCUUCAUGUAAAAUAACUAUACCCAUGUUGUUUUUGAAGAUGAAAUAUUUACUUUAGAUGGUAUUUCAAUACCAACUAAGAAAACUAUUAAAACAUAUUAUUACGAUGAAGAGCAAAAAUAAAUAAAUUAGAAGCCUAAUAUGUAUUUUAUUAUCAUAACAUUCUAUAAUUUUGAAUCUAAUUGGAUAAAGUAUUUGAUAGAAAUAAGAUAGUAAUUCUCUUAGUUAAGAAAAGAAAUUGAGUAUCCUGGAAUAAAAGAAGCAUCUCAGAAAUAAUUUUAUAAAAAUUUUGAAUACAUUUGCAAAUAAGAAUACUUUUUAGAAAAAUUUGAUUACACAAACAAAUUCUAAGACAGCUAAUGA